AUGGCGAAACCAAGUCUCAAGGAACUCCAGUUCCGCCAAAAGCUGACAGGAAGCACAUCUGACCUUCACAAAAAACUCAAGGAUUUGCAUGCAGAGCUCAAGGAUUUGGAACAGGAGACUGUUGACACAAAGUCGUUCUCGUCGGUCACCAAGCAACUAAUUGACCCCUCCAUUGUGAAUCAUAAAGACAAAGGCGUCAGGAUUUAUGCCGCUUGCUGUAUCGCAGACAUGCUGCGACUCUACGCUCCAGAUGCACCUUACAACAACACCCAGCUCAAGGUCAUCUUUGGGCUGUUUGUGAGUGAGCUUCGACAUAUCGCCGAUGCCUCUAGUACAUACGCCAACAUGUACUACUACCUUCUGGAGUCACUCUCAGUCGUCAAGAGCAUUGUCCUGAUCACCGACCUCAAGAACGCAGAAGAACUUAUGACCACCUUGUUCAAGAACGUCUUUGAUGACAUUCGCCCUCAGCAAGCAAAGAACGUUCAGAUCUGCAUGUCAGAGCUUCUUCAACACAUCAUUGACGAGUCCGCCCAGCUGCCGCAGGAGAUUGUUGAUAUAAUCCUGGCACAAUUCUUGCACAAGCACAAGUUUGACAACCCAGCAGCGUACCGCCUCGCCUGCGAUCUGGGGAACAACUGCGCCGAGAGGCUUCAGAGAUAUGUUUUCCAGUAUUUCUCCGAUAUCAUCUCGACCGCAGGAAAUGGAGAGCUGUCGCACAAGGAAUUGGAAGACUUCAAGACAGUUCAUAAGCUCGUUAUCGAGCUCAACAAGUCGACCCCAGCACUGCUGUUGAAUGUCAUUCCUCAGCUGGAGGAGGAACUGAAGCUCUCGGAUGUUACGAUCAGGACACUGGCGACCAGGUCGCUCGGAGAAAUGUUUUCAGAGAAAACUUCACAGCUGGCAACACAAUAUGAAUCGACGUGGAAGGCAUGGCUUCAAAGGAUCGCUUGGAUCGAGUCGCUCGUUGACCUUAUCAAAAAUCAUACAAGCCUCUCCAAAGAACUGAGUGAUUGCCUAUCUGAAAAACUUGUUGACCCAGACGAGAAGGUGCGAGCUGUCGCAUGCAAGAUUAUCGGAGAGUUUGACUACGAGACGAGCCUUCACCAUAUCCAAAAGAGCACGUUGAUCCAAGUUGGACACCGCUGCAGGGACAAAAAGAAGUCGGUCUCAAAGGAAGCCAUCACAACCCUUGCAGUUCUUUAUAACCAAGCCUACCCUGAGAUUGAGAAUGGAACCAAGGCCGGUAUAUCUCACUUUGGAUGGAUGGCGUCCGCAAUCUUGCACGCUGUCUACGUCAACGACAAUGAGAUCUUCUCCUUUGUCGAUCACGCAAUAUACACUACAGUAUUCCCACCCCAUGGCAGCGCAGCUUCACGGACACAGCGCAUCGUCACAACUUUUGGCGCGCUCGAUGAUAAAGGCCGGACUGGAUUCCUCUCAGUCCUCAGGAGAAGUGUUGACAAGGAGAAUGGAGGGGGAGAUGACUUUGAAAAGAAGCUUGGAUCUAUUAUCAAGGUCAUCAGCGAUCGUCUGCCCGAUCCUGUCAAGAGCUCACUGUUGUUGUACAAGUAUGCCAGCAUGCAUGACUCUACGUUCUUGCAGCUGAUCUCGGACUGUAUGGACUCGAGGCAAUCGCUCAAAGAAAUCCGGAAAGCAGCUAAGGACACGAUUGCAAGGAUUGAGAAUGUCUCGCCACCGAUUUUGGAGAUUUUCACCAUCCUUAUCCAACGAAUUAGCGUCACAUUGAUCAAUUCUGAGGUCAUUUCGGAGCUUAUCCAGAACAUUGCUGGAAGCGACGAAAACCGCCAAAUCUCAGGCGAGCUCUUGAGGUCAAUCUCACCCAUCUUCCCAGCCAUUUUCAUCGACCAUUUGGCAGAGAUCACGGCUCUCCUUCGUAACUCGACUUUUGUUGGAGCUUCCGAUGCGUUGCAGACCUUGGCAGAGUUUGCCAAGCAGUUCCCCAAGUCUGUGCCCGCUGAUGCAAUGGCCAAGGAAACUCUCCGGCAAUUCCUGACGUCGGGUACUGUUGCGCAGGCGACCGACGCGACCAUCGUCCUUGCCAGCAUUGCCGACAACGACGCAAUGUGCAGGGAUAUUGUCGAAGACAUAUCGGAGGACCUGGAUUCAUCUCCCAACCUGCUCAAGAACCUUGCCAUCCUGUCCCAAAUCACAUUGUACUCUCCCCAAGUCUUUGAGAGUGUCAGUGGAGCUGUCGUUGCAUUUAUCAUGAAAAAGCUCCUCCUCACAAACACGAAAGAUCAGGAAACACAGUACGAUGCUACUGAGGACUGGGUAGAAAAGAGCGAGUUGGACCAGUACUCCUUGUCAAAGCUUAUGGGUCUGAAGGUUCUGGUCAACCGGGCAAUUGUGCUCCUUGAAAGUGACCCCGAGGCGGCGCACAGUGCUGUUCGCCCUGUGUUCCAGCUUUUGUGGGCACUUAUCAAUCAAGAGGGUGAAUUGGUUGCCGAAAAGAACACAAAUGCUGUGAUGAAGAGCCAUUUGCGACUCAAUGCUGCCCGCUUUGUGAUCAAGCUCACGCGUGGGCGCCCUGCCUACGAAAAGAUGGUUGCUGUAUCUGACUAUAGCCGCCUGGCGCUUGUGAUUCAAGAUCCAGUUUACCGUGUGCGCCAUGGUUUUGCCACCAGGAUCAUGAAAUACCUUCGCGCAAAGGAGCUACACAUUCGGUAUUUGGCUGUUCUGAUAUUGGUCGCACACGAGCCCGAAAUCGACUGGAAGUCACAGGUCCAAAAGUUCUUGACCAUCCAGUCCAAGAGCCAGGCCAUCGACAGCAACCUCAUGCUCAACGAAUUGACUCUCGCGAGAUCAUUACACUUGCUGUCGAACCACCCCGACUUUGUCAUCAAGGUCGCUGAUGAUGGUGAAAAUGCUGUGUUUGGAGGCGCUCUCCCAACACACUCUGUCCAAGACAUGAACUUGGCUGCAAAGUAUAUCGAAUUUUACUUGGACACCAUGGCCAACUCGGAGAACAUCUCACUGAUCUUUUAUGUCGCCUCGCUCAUGAAGACCGUCCGAUUUGCCAGCCCAAAUGACAACACACAUAACCUCUAUAUCUUGAGCGAUCUUGCUCAGUAUUUGAUUCAAGAAAGGAGUCGGUCGCAUGGCUGGACGUUAACCAGCUACCCUGGACAGGUCAAACUCCCCAGAGAGUUGUUUACACCACUCGCUCAGAACGACGUGUCUGUGGAGAUAUCCACGAAGAACUAUCUCCCUACUGCAUGGGUCCAGGCACGAGAGCACAAGACCGAACGCAAGCCCAAGACACCUAUUGAGCGCAAGAUGGGACAGGCCACCAAGCGCCGAUCCCGGUCUCCAUCCCCACAUAGUGCAGAAGAUAUGGAGGAUGUUGUUGGCGAGAGAGGAGUUUCGUCUCCCUCUCGAGCCAAACGACCAAAGAAGGCCAAGGCAGCUGAGCGUGUUGCAGAAGAACCCACCAGAAAGAUGGCGUCUAGAGCAGCCAAGGCCAAGGCCACUGUCUACAAAGAUGCUGAAAGCAGCGAUGAAGAGGCGGAAGAGAUGGAGAGUGACGAUGAGAGCUCUUGA